AUGCGGGACGACCAACAGACGACCACCGAUCGGGAGGCCCUGGAAGCGAUCGAAAAGUUGGGCCCUCGGGAGAAGUGGCGUAUCGUGAAGAACAUCGCGGUGCUAGGGUUCGCUUUCAUGAUCCAUUUCACGGCGUUUCACGGUACCUCGAAUCUGCAGAGUUCGCUCCACACCGACGGGUCACUGGGCGCGUACACGCUGGCCUCGAUCUACGGGUCGCUGAUCGUAUCGAACCUUUUCCUGCCGGUGCUCGUGAUACGGUUCCUCGGCUGCAAGUGGACCGUCGUGGUGUCGUUCAUCGCGUAUAUGCCAUACAUUGCGGCCCAGUUCUAUCCGUCGUUCGCCACCCUCAUCCCGAGCGGGCUGGCGGUCGGGUUCGGUGGCGGGCCGCUCUGGUGCGCCAAGUGCACCUACCUCUCGAUCAUCGCCGAAGCGUUCAGUGUCGCGACACGCCGCAAGGUGCGCACCGAGUAUCUGAUCGUCAAGUUUUUCAGCCUGUUCUUCGUGUUCUACCAGCUCGCGCAGGUCCUGGGCAAUCUGAUCUCCUUCACCGUGCUCUCGUACGGUGCUACGGUGGAUGGCAAUGAGACCCGGAGCAUUGUGCAGUCCCUGUCGGUGAACGUGUCGUCCACGUGCGGGGCUAACUACGAGGCUCCGAGCGAGAAUGCCGCUCAGGGAGCGAUCGAUCUGCAGCGACCGGAUGCCGGCCAACUGAACACGCUGACCGGAAUUUUCCUGGCGUGCAUGGUGGCGGCCAGUGUUUCGGUAGCCAUCGGCGUUGAUUCUCUCAAAAGAUACAGCAUGAUCCGCGCCGGUCAGGCCGAUCAGGUGUCCGGCACACGGAUGCUAAUCAUCACGCUGCGGCAACUCGGCAACCGGUAUCAGUUGCUGCUGCUACCGAUCACUGCCUUCAUCGGCGUCGAGCAGGCGUUCAUUGCGGUCGACUUCACGAAGUCAUUCGUUGCCUGUGGGCUCGGCAUCAGCUACAUCGGCUACGCGAUGAUUUGCUUCGGACUGGCGAAUGCGGUAGCCGCCGCCGUCACACCGUACAUCACGAAGCAACUCGGUCGGCGGGCCCUUAUCUUCCUAACGGCCAUUUUCCACGCCGGACUCGUGACGUUUAUGCUUCUCUGGCGCCCGACCGGCGAGUAUUACAAGUACUCCAUCAUGGUCGUUGCCUCGUGCUGGGGACUUGCCGACGGUGUUUGGUUGAUUCAAAUCAACUCUUUGAGCGGAAUCCUGUUCCCUGGCAACGAGGAGGCUGCGUUCAGCAACUUUCGCCUGUGGGAAGCUACGGGUUCGGUUAUCAUGUACGCAACCAGCCCGUUCUUGUCCACGUUUCAAAAGCUACUGUUCGUGCUCGGCAUUAUGACCGUCGGCACCGUUGGGUAUGGAAUCAUCGAGUUGAUGGAGUACCGCGUGAAGCGAGCCGUUACCGAAAAACGUUUCGAAGCCGUCAGUCAGCAGGUGGAUUGA